GCAUGGGAAGAAGUUGUGCUUCAUUUGGCACUUGCAAUUGCUUCACUUCUGCUCAUAAUUUUACUCCUUCAACAACCAGAGACAGUCAUCACUCAAAAAGCAGCUCCAACCAUGAACGCUGUUUCUGCAUCUACCACCAUGAACACCGCCACUGCAGCUACCGGUACUACCCCUCAAGCUACUCUGAUCACCAGUGCUUUGAUCCAAAACAAUGAGGGCGUGGCUCUUUUGUCAAGCGGCAAGCCCCAAGAGGCAAUUGCUUACAUCAAGCGCUCGUUGGCAAUGCUGAAUCAGAGCCUGAUAACCCCCAUGGAGGAAAGCAAGGCGUCUCCGUCUGAAGUAUUCGAUCUUUACAUGCUCUCCACUGUCCCAUUUCUCUCCAGCAACGAAGAUGACUGCCGCCAAGGUGAUGAGCUACGUCUGUUUGAUGGCGCCCUGGCAUUGGCAUUGUCUGCUGGAGGACCAAGACCUGAAGACGUGGCCUUCUACUCGGCUGCUGGCAUGCUCAACUUGGCUGUUGCAGUCCACCAAGUAGCCAAGAUGGCCAGUUGGUCCUCCUUCCCACAAGAUCAGGCUCGUGCCAACGCCCUCUAUCAAAAAGCUGAUCGCCUCUAUCGAUCUGCCCAACAGGUGCUCGAGGUGAGCUUGCAGCAUCAGCAAGGUCAGCCGCAUGCCACAAAGCACAUGUUUCGCUUUCUCUUUGUGGCAGCUCAGAACAACCGUCUGGUUAUUGCCCUGGAGGUUGGCAACAUCAGUGGCGAGCAGCUCAAGAAGGAGAUGGAUGCCAUGCUCAAGGUCCUGUCCCGUGACGGCGGCUGCCCGCCUCAAGAACAAGCCUUCCUGGACGAGUUUUUCCUCAACACGGCUUUGUUGGACAUGACUUGCAUGUUGAAAGCCCUGGCAGCACCAUGUGCUUGAGCUAAGACGGUGCUUCAGAGACACCAACAGUUUUGCUUAUACUUCCAUGUUUGUAGAGGCCCACCUACGUUAUUCACAACUUUAGAAAUAAGAUCCAUUAACCAUGUCACUAGACGACACGUACUACGUCUCCUC